AUGUCGCAAAACUUUGUCUCAGAUCAAUCUUUCUGCGCCGGAUUAAUCUCAGAGCCUCCGGACCUUGAAAUGUCAGCCCCACUCAGUGAAUCGAGUGAUGCAGAACCUGGCUAUGACAAACCACGCAAAAAAAGACGUCUGAACCCAGAGUUAUCGCCCAACGCCCAGCGAUUUAGAGAACAUCUAGCAAGGAAGCAUCAUGUGUACGUGGGCAAGACAUCGGACAGCCGCCAGAAGAUCUCCUUUGCAAGUGCGAUCAAAAACAUCUUCGCCAAACAAGCCGAAAAGCUGGAAGGAAGAGAUACUGAGCAGGAGAGGCAGCUUCAAAGUGCCAUUCAGCAGAGUCAGCUCGAGGAGGCUUGCGUGAGGCUCAUCACGGAGGGAUAUCAGGCAAUUGUUGCCCAUUGGGCAGACGAAGAAACUAGGCAGGCGGAAUGCGCUCUCAUCUCACUGCGGGAGUUUAAGGGAGGGCAUGGUGGCGAGGAGCAGGCGCGCGUGUUCCUCGAGGUCAUUGACGAGUAUAAACUUAGCAAUCGAAUCGGCUUCUUCACAAUGGACAACGCUAGCUCGAACGAUAAAAUGCUACGGUAUAUCUCGGAGAGGAUAGCCGACUUCCAUCCCGUUUUGCGCAGGGUACGCUGUAAUGGCCAUAUUAUCAACCUGGCAGUACAAAGCUUUCUCUUCUCGCCAAAGAGGUCAAAGCGAAGCCAAAGCCAGCAUGAGGAGGACGACGCAAUUGAAUUGGCGAUCACGGAGACUCGAGGGCUGUCCGAAGCAGAAAAGCAAAGCAAAAUGACACAAGAGAAGCUCGCAGAGGAGUGGCGGAAGCACGGCGCGCUAGGCAAGCUUCAUAAUCUUAACGUUUGGUAUCGUGCUUCUACGGCUCGAUAUCAGGAGUUUACCAGCAAAGUUGGUAGGGCUAUCCCCUUGGACAACGAAACACGCUGGAACUCUUGGGCCAUUGAGGUCGCAGUCGCACUGUCAAAGAGAAAGGAGAUCAGUAGCUGGCAAGAGGACCAUCACAGCGAAUUAGGUGAAGACAGGCUGGAAUUUAAAGACUGGCAGGAGCUGCAGCAAGUCGAUGAGUUUCUCCAGCCAUUUUUGAGCGCCACCAAAGGCACUGAGGGUGAGGAGAGUUCUUUGGAUGAUAUGCUAAUGUCUAUGGACUUUUUGAUUGAGCAUUUCAAGUUACAGAAGGAAAAGCAUAAGAAUAACCCUCAGAUGACGACUAGGAUCUUGGCGUCAUGGUUCAAGUUCGACAAGUAUUACCAGCUAACCGAUGACUCUCCAAUUUAUGCUGCCGCCGUCCUUCUCAAUCCUGCCCUUCGUAGGGCAUACCUAGACUCUGCAUGGUCUCAUCAAACGGCCUAUAUCGAGCCGGCAGUUGAACAAGCCAGAGAGAUGUGGACGCAAAGCUUCAAACCCAUGGUAACAACAACGACGGAAGAAGCUCUGGCAGCCAUUAAAGAUCCUUUUCAGCGGUUUCGAGCAAAGGCAACAGGCUUUGUUUCCAUCAAAGACGAAUUCGACGACUUCAUCAACGCAAAUCCGCAUCCAAUUGGCUCUCAGUCUCCUUUAGAAUGGUGGCUUGAACCAUCUCGCGGAGCACUCGAUCCAAACCUGCAACAAAUGGCCGUAACAGUAUUCACUAUCCCACCGAUGUCGGCAGGUCCAGAGAGGGUGUUUUCGGGCACACGGCAUACAAUUGCACCAGAACGCGUAAGGCUAGGCGCCAAGAUGGUAGAAAUGACAGAGUGCGUUAAGAGCUGGGUGCAUAUCAGGCCAGGCAGAGCUCGCGCGGUAAUUUCUGGGGUGUUUCGCAACUCUCAACACGCGGAUGACGCCCUUGGAGUGCUGCAAGAAGACAGCCACAGAGAAGAGGCUAGUGAAGCUGAGUUUCAAUACGUUUCUAUCCAUCACUGGCAACAACAAGCGCGCACGGCACUGAGAUACGCCACGCUAGAUGUUGCCCACCCGGUUGCUAGAAGGCUAAGACGAGCACAGCAUGAAGUUGACCAGAACAUCCACCCAACAGCACGUAGCCGAACCCUGCAGAGGCACAGUCGACUCCUCCGGACGGCGGCAUGCGCAGGGGAGGUUGAACGACCAAGGCUCAUCCCACGCCGCUUUAAUGAUAACAUCUUGACCGAAGUUGCAGGGAAAAGACCGCCAAAAGAAACCGCAGUGCUGAAAUUCCAGCACUGGCUCCAGGACAAACCCGCAGGAUAUGUCGUCUUUAGCGAUGGCUCCAAGACAGAAAGAGAUACCGCAGGGUAUGGAUUCGCAGUUUUCCACAAUGGACGCCUCGUUGACUGGGGCUCUGGCCAACUUGGCCGCAGAGAAGUCUUUGACGCAGAAAUCCACGGCGCUGUACAAGGCCUCCAAUGCGCUGUACUUGCCAACUCCGCCAACGAACCAAUCACAGUCUGUAUGGACAAUACCUCUGUUAUCGACUGCAUAGGAACAACAGCACCAAACUCCUCACAGGCUCACUUUAGAGCCUUCCAGAAGUUAGGAGACAGAUACCCAUACCAGAUAUCUGUAAAAUGGUGCCCAGGUCACAGUAACAUCUUCGGAAAUAGUUGUUUCUGA